AUGUCUGCUGCGGUUUCUGCUGCAGCUUCUGCUGCAGCUCUUGGCGCCGGCAUUCCUGUUGCUGCAGCGGCAGCAGCUGCAGCAGCAGCGGCUGCUGCUGCUGCUGCAGAGGGCGCACCAGCUGCAAGCCCGCAAGCUGCGCUGGUGUCUUCUGCAGAGGGCUGGAGAGAACAGGGCGGCUGGUGCUACAUUCCUAAAGAUAGGAUGCCUCACUUCAUUGGCAGCAGCAGCAGCAGCAGUAGCAGCAGCAGCAGCAGCAGCAGGGACACGGGCAGCACCAAACGGCAACCUUGGUAUCAGGCGCAGCAGCGAUGGCAGCCCCCGCCACCCUCGCAGCAGCACCUGGCGCAACAGGAGCAACAGCAGCAUGAACAGCUGCAGCAGCAGCAGCAACAGCAGCAGCAGCACAUGCAACAGCUGCAGCAGCAGCGCCUUAGUCCGCCGGAGCAGCACCACCCUGUGUCAGUGCCCAUGUGGUCUGGUGGAAGCGGACAAACAAUUGAAGCAGCUGCAGCAGCUGCAGCAGCAGCAGCAGUUGCAGCAGCAGCAGCAGCGCAGACGCAAGGCUCUGGCUGGGGCUCAGGCCUUUCUGCUGAUUCUGGUAGGACUGGGCUAGAUAAGCCGUGGGAACAGUUGCCGGGACAGCAGCAGCUGCUGCAGCAGCAGUUGCACCUACUGCAGCAGCAGCAACAACAUAUUCAGCAGCAGCAGCUGCAGCAGCAGUUGCAGCACCAGCAACUGCAGCAGCAGCAAAUGCAGCAGCAGCAGCUCCAGCAGCAGCAACUGCAGCAGCAGCAGCUUCAACAGCAGCAGCUCCAACAACAGCAGCUGCAGCAGCAGCAUCUGCAGCAGCAGCACCUGCAGCAGCAGCACCUGCAGCAGCAGCAACUGCAGCAGCAGCAACUGGAGGAGCAGAGACUGCAGCAAAACCAGGCACAACAAGUGCUUCAGCAGCACGUUCACCUGCUGCAGCAGCAACAGCUGCAGCAGCAUGGACGGCAGCAGCAGCAGCAGCAGCAGCACGUCCCUCAUAGCUAUGUCUCCCCUUCUCAGCGGCUCUUCUCACCCCGUGGUGAGGCUUUGGCUGCGCCGCAGCAACGGGAAUCGGGGGCACCUGCGACACCUGCCACGCAGCAGCUGCCGCAGCAGCAGCAGCAGCAGCAACGGCGGCAGCAGCAGCAGCAACAGCGGCAGCAGCAGCAGGAGCUGAAAAGUGAUAGGGAAGAAAUGUGGCGGAAGUGGAAGACUGAAGGGGUUGAAGGCGGAGCGGCGCCCGCAGCAGCAGCUGCACCGGCACAUGGUGGCAGCAGCGGGGCGUCUUCCAGUGCGUCAGCAGCAGCAGCAGCAGCAGCAGCAGCAGAACGGACAGAAGCAGCAGAAAGACGCCGCGAGAGCAGCAGACAAAAUGACUUCAUCAAACAAAUGCUCAGAAGCACCAGCCUCCGCAGCCAGCUAGCGCUAGCUGGCUGCGAGGGGGCUUGGGGGACAUGGGACGACGAGGACGAAUUGGAGGACCCUGCUGCAGCAGCAGCAGCAGAAACAGCAGCAGCAGACGCAGCAGCAGCAGCAGCAGCUUUCGAGGGGGACCGCACGCUUCAAGAGAUCCUCAAGCUCUGCAGCCCCACGCAGCAAACCACACCGCUGCCGGUCCCCCCUUUCUGCGAAGAAGCAGUGAAGGGCCCAGAGGGGGCAGCGGCGGGGGCAGGAGCAGCAGAGGCAGCUGCAGCACGCACUGCUGCGGAUAGCUCGGCGGCAGCUACGCAAGGAGACACGCAGCCGCACUCACAGAGCGCUGCGAGGGAUGCGUUGUUUGCUGCUGCUGCUGCUGCUUGCCGGCAGCUGCUCGCGGCGACCCCUGCAACAGCAGCAGCAGCACCAUCUGCUGCUGUUGCUGCUGCUGGUGGAGCUGCUUCUCUAACAGCUAGGAGCAGAGUCUCCUCAAGCAGUAGCCAAGGGGCACCCGCAGCAGCUCCGGAGGGCAGCAGCAGCAGCAGCAGCAACAGCAGCAGCGGCGCCUGUCUGGCAGCGGCGCAGCACUCAGAAGAGGCGACGGAAGAAGCAGUAGUUGCUGUUGCGCGGGCUGCCCUAAACGGGGUCUUUGCCCCUCGCUUUAGGCUGAGUUCCCAGCAGCAGCAGCAGCAGCAGCAGCAGCGGCAGCAGCAGCAGGGCGGCGAGGACGGCAGCAUAAGCCUGCUGCAGUCCAUGCCGAGCACAGCAAACCUCCCGCUGUUCUGCGGCCCCAGCGAGCGCAGCAGCGCAGCAGCAGCAGCAGCAGCCAAAGCGGCGGCCGCAGCACCAGGGCCGGCCAGCAGCAGCAGCAGCAGCAGCAGCGCGCCGCAGCAGCCCCGCGGAGGAAGCAGCAAACGCCCGAGCAGCAGGAGAAGCCCGCCUAGUCACUGGGGACUCGGGGGCCCCCGGGGUCUUUGUUGCUGCGCAUGCAUUUGA